AUGAGUUGUAGACAAAGUUCAUCCUACUCCUUUCACUCCCGCAGCGGUGGGGGAGGAGGAAGCAUGAGAGGUUCUGGAGGGGGAAGCUACAGCAUGCGGUCUUCUUCAAGCCGAUAUGGAUCCUCUGGGAUGGGAGGAGGAGGAAGAUUUUCUUCAGGCAGCAAUUAUGGCAGUGGUGGGGGAUCCUGUGGCAUGCGGAGUGGAAGCAGCUCCAGUUUUGGGGGUGGCUAUGGUGGUGGUGGUAUGGGGGGCUCCAGCUAUGGAAGUUACUCAAGUAGUGGCUAUGGUAUGUCCAAGGGCUAUGGUGGUAGUUCUGGGGGCUUCAGCAGUAGCUCUUAUGGAGGCUUUGGUGGUGGCAUGGGGAGCAGUAGCAUGGGGGGCUUUGGAGGGGGCUUUGGAGGUGGUAUUGGGAGCAGUGGCAUGGGGGGCUAUGGUGGUGGUGCAGGAGGAGGUGAUGGUCUCUUGAAUGGUGGAGAGAAGGUUACUAUGCAAAACCUCAAUGAUCGACUGGCUUCCUACCUGGACAAGGUGCGUUCCUUGGAGGAUAGCAAUGGUGACCUGGAGGCUAAGAUUCGGAAUUGGUAUGACACCCAUGGUCCUCAGUCAGUCAGAAAGGACUAUUCUCACUUCUAUGACACCAUCAAUGAUCUCAAGGACCAGAUUCAGAAUGAGAUAUUAGACAACAACAAAGUCAUCCUGGAUCUGGACAACACCCGCAUGACACUUGAUGACUUCAGGAUGAAGUAUGAGAUGGAGAUGAACCUAAGACAAGGAGUGGAAGCAGAUUGCAAUGGAUUGCGCUCCGUACUGGAUGAUCUGACCUUGCAAAAGGCUGACUUUGAGAUGCAAUAUGAGACUCUACAGGAUGAAAUGCAAUCCCUCAAGAAGAAUCAUGAAGAGGAGAUGAAUGGAUUAACUGGACAGAAUAGUGGUGAUGUCAGUGUGGAGAUGAACGCUACUCCUGGUGUGGAUCUGACCCAGGCCCUGAAUGAAAUGCGUGAAAAAUAUGAGGAUCUUGUAUCUAAGAACCGCAAAGAUAUUGAGAGUCGGUUUGAGUCCCAGAUGACUCAAAUAAGCCAAGAAGUGACAACCAGCAGCCAACAGAUAGAGACCAGCAACAAGGAAUUGACUGAAGUCCGACACAACUUCCAGAGCCUGGAGAUAGAAUUACAGUCCCAACUCAGCAUGAAAUCUGCCCUGGAGAAGACUCUGGAGGAUAUGAAGGGGCAGUACUGUAGCCAGCUAGCCCAGAUCCAGGCCCAGAUCAGUGAAAUGGAAGCCCAGCUGAGUGAGAUCCGAGGAGAGAUAGAAUGUCAGAACCAGGAAUACAGUAACCUGCUGGAUGUCAAGACACGACUAGAGAAAGAAAUUGCUACCUACCGGAAUCUACUGGAGGAAGGACAGGAAGAUUUUGACUCAGGUUCUGGAUCUGGAAGAAGGAGACAAGGAGGCAGAGGGGGCAGUGGUUAUGGUGGUGGAAGUGGAGGCAGUGGAGGUGGAUAUGGUGGUGGAAGUGGAAGCGGAGGCAGUGGAGGUGGAUAUGGUGGUGGAAGUGGAAGCGGAGGCAGUGGAGGUGGAUAUGGUGGUGGAAGUGGAAGUGGAGGCAGUGGAGGUGGAUAUGGUGGUGAGAGUGGCAGCGGAGGAAGAGGUGGCAGUGGGUAUGGUGGAGGAAGUGGAAGUGGAAGCGGAGGCAGUGGAGGUGGAUAUGGUGGUGAGAGUGGCAGCGGAAGCAGAGGUGGUAGCGGCUCUGGAGGUGUCAAGUCCUCCCAAUCUGGCUCUUCCAUUUUCCAAUCCUAGA